GUGAUCUACGGCAGCAGCAGCGGAAGAAGACAGAAAAUGAAUGACUCAAAGUCUGGUGCGGCUGCUUUCCCUAAGUGUCAAGAGCUUCAGCAAGGGUGUAUUGCUGUCAGCAAUGUCUGUCCAGAGAAGGUGCGGGAAUUGGUUUCUCAGUGCCUGCAGGCACGAGACCGCGCAUACUGCCCCUACAGCCACUUCCCCGUCGGUGCCGCUGUCCUGACAGAAGAUGGUGCUAUAAUAACAGGCUGCAACGUGGAGAACGCUUCCUAUGGACUGACGGUUUGUGCCGAGAGAACUGCGAUUCAGAGAGCGGUGGCUGAGGGACACAGGAAGUUCAAAGCGAUCGCCGUCACCUGCGACAUCAAAGACCGGUUUGUUGGGCCAUGUGGAGCUUGUCGACAAGUGUUGAUGGAGUUUGGAUCCAACUGGACUGUCUACUUGACCAAACCAGGGGGGUCCUUCAGAGAAACUAGCCUCACUGACCUUCUGCCUUUGGCCUUUUCUCCAGAACACCUCAUUAAACAUGACAAAUGUUGACUGUGCCUGAAAGACAAAAUUUAUCUAUUGCCUAUUCGCCUUCAACCAGUAUUAAGUGGAGAAGUUAGUUUGUCUGUACCACAUUAAAAUAAAGACAUCACAGGGCAUGAUGCUAACUGGGAACAAGUGUUGGUCAGUAGUAAUCUAACAAUGAUGUCAUGUUUCCUCUAAAAAUGUUUUUUUUUUUUUUUUAAUUUUAUGAGUAUAUUUCCAAUGACUACACACGUCGACCAGCUGUUGACAAUAAUCACAUCCACAAAAGACAAAACCUCAACCUUCUUUGACCUCAGUUAUUUGCAUUCAGUCUA